AUGGAUUCUUUGACACCAAUGUCAUUAUUAUUAAGAAAAGAAAGUGUUAGAACGUUAAUACUAUUCUCAACUUCCAAACUAUUGGUUAAUAUUGGACUUGAUGGAUUAGAGGAUAGUGGAAUGAAUGGAGUAUCAGAUUUACCAAAAACAUUAUCCAAAUUUUUGGAGUUAUUUAAAAGUCCACCAAGAAGAGUUUUCUCAAUUCAACAUUACAAUGAAUACAUAUGCACUUGA